UGUCACGCGAGCCAGCUGCUUUGUGUGCUGUGUUUGCACCUCGACACUCGCUGUGUGUGUGGUGUGCGGCAAGGAUGGCGACAACACUCAACAGGAUUAUCAACCACAAGGCUAAGUGGCAUCUCAUCGAUGCCAGAGGACAGAUCGUAGGCCGACUCGCGGCCCAGAUCGCUCCCAUCAUCCGCGGGAAGCACAAGCCGACCUUCUGCCCGAACGACGACUGUGGCGAUGUCGUUGUCGUCGUCAACGCCAAUGCGGUGGAGUUCACAGGAAACAAGUGGCAAAAGAAGCUUUACCGAUGGCAUUCCGGUUUUCCUGGCGGGUUAAAGGAACGGCCGGCGGACGACCAGCUUGUGCGCAAGCCAGAAGAGAUCCUGCGCCGGGCGGUUAUGGGGAUGCUGCCGAAGAACAGCCUCCGGAAGCGGAUGGUGACGAAGCUGCUGAUCUACCCGGGGCCCUCGCACCCCCACGACGACAGGCUGCCGACGGACUCAGCCCAGUCUCUCCUGGAGAAGAGCGAUCGCAAGGUGAUCGACAGACGGCCCGCUGACAUCAAGAAGUACCAGGACGACAACUACAUCGAGUGGCCAUAGCAUGGCCCCUGAUUGCGCUAAUCUAGUGGCCGUAGCAUGGCCCUUGAUGACUCUUGUGUAGCGGGCCGGCUGUGGUCGGUAUGAGUGUGAUGACGGUUUUUGCUUUCCUGGCGCGAAACACGCUCGGAUAUCUGUGCGUUAUUCCUGGGGUAGUUUAUUUUUUGAGGCGCGGGGAUGAUUUAGCCGGGGAGAGGCUUAGUGGAGGUGAUGAGGAGUGCCCGACGCGGUUCGUCUAGUGACCACACCGCAACGACCGCCAUCUGUCACAUGUAUGUGUGGCACAUUUUGGAGUGUACAAGCAAGUGUCGAGAGUAUUGAUAGCCGUUUUCAUUUGGGGACCGGUCAUGGGUCGAAUCAUUGAUCCUUAGGCGAUGGCUGAGUUGUAAGGUUGGCUCACGGUAUGUAGUAGUGCCGCAGCCCCCGCAGCAUGUUUUGUCGAUUUGUUCUUGGAGGGAAGAGCCGAACAUUGAAGGGGGCAAUAGUGAGGUGGGAGAUGGGGGAUGAGGGCGUUGUUGAGCGCAUAGACCUCGAACGCGAACAAAUCCAAGCAAACAAUCUCCACGUCGGCUUUUCGUCCUAUAGCAACUCUUGGCCGGGGGGGGAUAGGUCGGGGAGGGGGCAGGCAUUUGCAGUUAGCUUUCUUCGCCGCCAAAUAUGGCGCACUAACAUCCAAACGAUGCAGCGUCCACCAGGCAAUAACGCAGCCGUAGCACUUGGCAAGAGUUGGCAUGUGUUUUGUGUACUUGUUGCUGCCGGCAGCUGAUGUCUUUAUGACGAAUAUAUGUUGCCCGCGAUUGUGGUGACAAAUAUGGGGCGCCUUCUUACUUUCACUUCAUACAACGUCAUUCAGACGACGACCGGACAGUUUUCCGGCAUUAGCAAACAACAGGUGUUGUGCCGAAAAUGGAU